AUGGUGGCCGCGGCCCUCCGCACCCUCAGCGGCGGCGCCCCGCUCGCUGUGGCCGAGGUCGUAGAGCUGGACGAGGUGGAACAGGAGCUCGACCAGCGGCUUGAGAUGAUCAAGCCCGAGCUCCGCGCCCGAGUGCCGACGGGGGCGCGUCGCGCCCGUCGCAACUUGGGCGAGCACGCGCUGCUCGGCCAGGGCAAGGAGGCGAUCGAGGAGGCAGGCCGCACGCCUCAGCGGUCGCAGCGCCAUGGCCGUGGCAAGCAGCGAAAGGUGGGCGAGUGCGACGAGUCUGCCUCGACGGGAUCGCUCGACUCCGAUGCCCUUUUGAUGAAGCUGGAUGGCAUCAUCUCCGAGAUGGAGGUGCGGGGCGACCGGACCAAGCUAGAGGGCAUCGUCAACCCCACCCUUGUCGGCUACAAGAACAAGGCGCUGGAGAAUGCCGAGUCGACCGACCGUGGCCUCGAGCGGGACCGCGACCUCUUCGACAUUGCAUGGAAGUGGGCCGCUGCGGUAGCCGACUACCAGGACAAGCUCGAAGAGGCGGCGGAGAACCGCCAGGCGGCCAUGGAGGCGACCACUCAGGCUGGCCUCGCCGACAAGUUCAUGGAGGCCGUCAAGCAGAAGAGCGACGAGAUGGGCGAGCAG